AGGAGGAGAUCUGCUGCACUCCUUUACUCCUGCAGCCUUUAGGCAGCUCAUUCACUCGCUUUUAGUCGCUUUCGAUCUUUAAGAAGGGCUUGAGAGUACUGGAGUCUGAUGUUUUUCCUUCUUGUCGAUUUUGAAAUAGUCUCAUGAGACCACGCUAAGAGGAGAAGCAGAAAGCCCACCGCACCUGCCCUGGAGGACUGACUGCCCCCUUGGACAGGGGCAGAACUAGAGCUGCCUGUCUGAACAACAUGGGAUACACCUUGACGGUUCUGGUACCUUGAGCUUAGUGACUAAAAUCGUUUGGCUGAAGGAAAAGCUCCGCUGAAUCUUACUGCGCAUCCACCGAUUUGCUCAACCGCUUUGGCUACUCGCUGACUUGGCACCGGAGUUCUGAGCGCCACCGGGACGGAAUGACUCCCAGAGAAACUGCGGUGUUCAUAGCCGUGCUCUUUCAGUGCCUCACCUCCACGCGAGGCCUGCUGGAGGGAGUUCCACAGCUGCAUCCUGGAGUAGCUACACACCUGCGGAAUGCUGGCGAGUCACUCAUACUCAACUGCAGCGGGUCCACCCAUCUGCAGUGGAACCUGGCCAGUGGGAAACUGAACACUUCUGAACAUGUGCAAGGUGUUGAGUGUGGGGAGAGCCUGGAUGCGCGGGAGGAGAGAUACUGCAGUAAACUGCAGAUAAACAACCUCAGGCACAGUGACACUGGAUACUACAGUUGUAGUCACCACAAUUCCAGAGAACAUAAGAGCUCCACUUACGUAUUUGUCAGAGAUCAUCACCAUCCAUUUGUGGAGGUCUUCUCUACAAAAGUCCUGUUUGUGUACAGAGAUGAUGAUAAGCUGGUGGUCCCUUGCAGAACGACUUCUCCAUAUCAACAUGUCGAUUUGGAAACAACUCCUCCCAUAUCACAAACAAUAAGGAGAGAUGUUUUGUGGGACCCAAAAGUGGGUUUUCAGAUUCCGAUAGGACCGUUUGAGAGCUAUAGCCUGAUUACAUGUGUUGCCAGGGUAGACGGCAAAAAAGUCCAAUCAACCUUCAUUCCGCUGCGCCGCACCAAUGUUCUGAAGAAUGUGCACAUAACUACAGAGCAUCCAAGAGUACUGGUUGGUGACACCCUAGUCCUCAAUUGCUCAGGAGAGACCACAUAUAACGGCAGGAUUCUAUUUAAAUGGGACUUCCAGAAGAGCCCUAUUACUCGUCCUCAUACCAUACACAGGACAAGAAUAGAACCUGCAAAAAUCACUGUAAUGACCACGGCGAUAAUCAUACCUAAUGUUACCAUGGAAGACAAGGGCAUGUACAGAUGCACAGCAACGCUUGAUAGAUCUGUGCAUGCGACAGUUAAGGUUGCUGUCUAUGAGCAUCCAUUCCUCAAUGUGAGCAGAGGUUAUCGUAAGGAGGUUAUCAGUAUUGUAGAGGGCAGAAGACUGGAGUUUGGACCCCGGGUCAAUGCACUGCCUCCUCCAGACAAAAUAGCCUGGUACAAGGAUGGGAAGCACAUCACAGAUUCCUUAUGUUAUGAGGCAGUGGGCUACAACCUCACCAUCAAGGAAGUGAAGCCAAAGGAUGCUGGGGUCUUCACUAUUGUCCUCUCAAACCAGGAGAAAGGGCUUCAGAAGAACUUCAGCUACACCCUGUUGGUCAAAGUGAAGCCGAGGAUCUCUGAGGAGGAAGUGGCGUCUGUAGGCCCCCAGACCUACAGGCAUGGACAGAAGCACCAGCUUACCUGUACAGCCUAUGGAUACCCAAAGCCUAACAUCACAUGGUUUUGGCAGCCGUGUGAUCCCAACUCAAAGCUCACAAAGUGCAUGAAUUAUACUACUCCAGUCCCUGUCCAAGACAACACCAUUUAUUCAUCUAACUUUGUUAAUGAAGUUUUAAUGAGUACCGAGCUGUUAAAAGGCAAAAACAAGACCAUAAGCACCUUGGUUGUGACAGCUAAUGUGUCCGGAGUCUACCACUGCAAAGCCAGUAACGUGGUGGGGGAGCGGACAAUGCCGAUUCAUUUCUACGUAGAUGAUCAAGCCCAGCCUUUUGAGAUUGAGCCCUUGACAGCCAUUGAAGGAGAUGAUGUCACUCUAACUUGCCGGGGCACUCGAUUUCUCUAUGAACGGUUAAGGUGGUAUGACCCACAGAAUCAGCUUGUCCACGAUGACAGCUUCACACAGCAGGUCGGUCGUUAUUCCAUCUCCCUGUUACUCAGACUGAAGAAUGUCUCCAGAAGUCAGAACACGAACUAUCAGUGCCGGGCAACGUAUCUCAGCUCCAAGAAGGAGGUCAACACAACUUCGACUUUAAUAGUUGAUGAGAGGAGAGUUCCUAAGUUGAAGCAGAACUUGACCAAUCAGGAUGUGAACAGCAGCAGCACUCUGGUACUGUCUUGUCUGGCCUAUGGUGUUCCACCUCCUUUAAUCACGUGGUAUAAAGACAAGGUUCCUGUCACUGAAGGACCAGGAAUUACCCUUAGAGAUGACGGGGUCCUAAUCAUCCAGAGGGUGAAGAAAGAGGAUGAGGGAAUGUAUGAGUGUCAGGCCACCAACGCUGAAGGAGUGGCAACAUCUAGUGCAGUAAUCACUGUACAGGGUGAUGAAGGCAAACCAAAUAUUGAGGUGAUCAUCCUGGUGUGCACUGGAGCUGCUGCCACCUUUCUGUGGAUCAUGCUGAUUCUCUUCAUCCGCAAACUGAGAAAGCCAAGUUCUGCAGAUUUAAAGACAGGCUACCUGUCCAUCAUCAUGGAUCCAGAGCAGAUGCCCCUCGAUGAGCAGUGUGAUCGUCUGCCUUAUGACAGCAGCAAAUGGGAGUUCCCUAGAGAUCGCCUCAGACUGGGUAAAACUCUGGGCCAUGGUGCUUUUGGAAAGGUUGUGGAAGCUUCUGCCUUUGGCAUAGACAAGCUCUCUACAUGCAAAACAGUUGCUGUUAAAAUGUUGAAAGGCGGAGCUACGAAUAAUGAAUGGAGGGCGCUUAUGUCUGAACUGAAAAUACUGAUCCAUAUUGGGCACCAUCUCAACGUGGUCAAUCUACUGGGAGCCUGCACUAAGCAAGGAGGUCCAUUGAUGAUAAUAGUGGAAUACUGCAAGUAUGGAAACCUUUCCAAUUACUUGAGGAGCAGGCGAGGAGACUUUGUUGUGUAUAAGUCUCAAGACGGUAAGACGCUACGCUCAGGCUCGGGUUGCGAUCUGAGUGAGCUGAUCAAGCGCAGGCUGGAGAGCGUGGCCAGUACAGGAAGCUCAGCCAGUUCGGGCUUCAUCGAAGAUAAGAGCUACUGUGACUCGGAGGAAGAGGAGGAAGAGCAAGAAGACUUGUAUAAGAAAGUGCUCACUCUAGAGGACUUAAUUUGCUACAGCUUUCAAGUGGCCAAAGGCAUGGAGUUCUUGGCGUCACGAAAAUGUAUUCACCGUGAUUUGGCGGCACGAAAUAUCCUGUUGUCUGAAAACAAUGUUGUGAAGAUAUGCGACUUUGGACUUGCGAGAGACGUGUAUAAGGACCCAGACUACGUCCGUAAGGGAGAUGCCAGACUUCCUCUAAAGUGGAUGGCACCAGAAGCCAUAUUUGACAAGAUCUACACCACACAGAGUGAUGUGUGGUCCUUUGGUGUGUUAAUGUGGGAGAUUUUUUCACUGGGUGCAUCCCCUUACCCUGGUGUACAAAUUGAUGAAGAAUUCUGCUGCCGGUUGAAGGAUGGCACUAGAAUGUCAGCGCCUGAAUAUGCUUCUUCUGAAAUAUAUCAGACCAUGCUGGACUGCUGGGAUGGUGAGCCACUGCAGAGGCCCACUUUUACAGAGCUAGUGGAGAGACUAGGAGACCUGCUCCAGGCCAGUGUACAACAGGAGGGAAAGCAUUACAUUCCUAUCAACACAGCCCUGCUGACCAAAGUGGAUCCAUCAAACCCAGACCCCAUAGAGGAGACCUCCACAGGACCAGUCUCUCUCAGAAACUCAGGCAGCUCAUGGAACAUCAAGAUCCGUCCAGACAGCAUAAAGACUUUUGAUGAGGUGACCUUGGAGAAUGGAACAAAUGAGAUGCAUGAGGGAGGUCAGACAGACAGUGGAAUGGGUUUCUCCUCAGAUGAUCUAAAGACGUUGAAGCAUUUGCAGUCCCUGACUCGACCCUUAAGCAUCAUGGCCCUGGCGAUGAAGAGUAAGAGUAAGGAGUCUGUUCUAUCGGAUGGGGAGAAAGAGAAGUAUCCUCUUGUCCCUUCACUAGACUUCAGUCUGGAAGACUCUUCUCUGGACCCUGAGCUGGAGUGCCACAGCCCACCACCUGACUACAACUAUGUUGUGCGCUACUCUACCCCACCCGUCUGAAUUUGCCUGUGCCCAAAAGCCACCAGGACUCAUCACUCCAAUAGCCCACCCUGAACAAAUCCACUGACUGAUUAUUUUAUCUCUUGAUUUCUAUUUUAUUCUAUUUUCAUUUUUACUAGGCCAGGACUAAAAGAUGGCAUGUAGUUUGGUCAAUAAGGUUGUUGAUUCAAAAGGCUCUAGAACCGCUACCUAACAUGUAUCUUGGCAUUUUUUUGAAUGAGAAACCCGGUGUAGAGUAAUUGGAGCAUGAAUUGCCCUCUAAAAGCUGCUGAACCGUGUCGCUCUACACCACUGUGAUAGCCACAGAUACAACUAGAGACCACCUCAGGUAUUACUGUUAUCUACUGUGAACACAAGAAGCACAACCUGUUACAGCUAUAGUGUAUGUUUCUUCAGUCAAAUCACGUCUUACAGAUCGGUGGCUGGUGUUUUAAAUGAAGGGUGUAAUCAGUACAGAAAAUACAGUACAGAGAAGGAAUUUUGUUUUAUUAAUCUAAGUAUUUUAAUUAAAUGAAACUGGAAAAUUAUUUGACAUUUUAUUUUACUUUAAGAUUGAAUUUUGAUUUAUUAUUAUUAUUGAGAUUUUUUGAUGUACUAAAGUUCUUGUUUUUAAGGCUACUUUCAGGAAAAGAAAGCAGCUUGUGCUUCAUUGGAUACAAAAACAAGCCUCCUGUUAAAAUCGUGGAUUCUUUCCCUUCAUGUUCUCUUGCUGGUGUCAAUGUUUUGUAUAUGCGUUGUGAUAAUAAGUCCUAUAGUGUUUUUAUUGUUAUAUGCUUUUAGGAUUGGAUUAACACUUUGCUGCCCUAGAUUAACCUUCAUUUCAUUGAUUGGGUUGGCUCCCCCAACACCGACCGAAUGAAAUUAAGAAUGUGUUUUUCAAACAUUUCUAAACUUUUAUCAAAGUUGUAGUAAAUUACCCAACACAUUUGAAAUCUGACCUGAAGAUGCUGGCCUAGUUUUCGCUGUGUGCUCUUAGUCCUCCUAAUAUGAAGGAUUUUCAGAGAAAUUUUGCGAGUCUAGUUGUACUUGACAGACAGUAUUAUAGAAUAGCAAUAGAAUAAACAGACCAUGCCCCUUUAAUGUGAAGCAUACAUUAUGAAUUAUUAAACUCUGAGUCAUCACAGCAAAAUAUAUUUUCUGUCCUGCCUUUCAUUGAUGCAUAGUCACAUUUCAAUUCACACUUUAAUUAACCAGCUUCAUUUUAACAGGAAUAAUAUUGAUCCAUGUUUGUGCUAUAAUCUAACUUAGGCUUGCAGGGCAGGCUAAAGGAAUACUAAGUACAAGGUAAUAUAAACAGUUGGUCACUACAUAUAAAUGAUCAUCAUAAAUUAUACUAGACGCUUGUGCACCCUUGUAGGUAAUAUCAGUAUUAACUAAGUUGUAAAAGUUGUACAGAAUUAAUGAAAGGUGUGGCCUUGCAUCAGUCAAGCCAGGAUUGUAGCCAUCUAUCAGAAGGAAAGAGCUGUUACUCCACGUUUGUUACUUCCUAUCCAUUUUUUGUGUUUGUCAGUAUUAAAUUCAGCGGUUGAUCAGACCACUUACCAAACAUUAUGUACUGCCAAAUAAUAUUUGUAUUAUUGUUGACGUAUUUGCGUUAAUUGAAAAAAAGUUUAAUGUAUGCACUGAGAUUUUCUAUGUAUUUUUUGCAUUAUAUGUAUUUUAAUAUUAACCAAGCAUAAAUAAAGAUCUAUAUAUUUAUAAAUAAC